AUGGCAGAAGUCCAUGAUGACGAGGAUUUGUACGAUGAGUUUGGGAACUAUAUUGGCCCUGAACUAGAUUCCUCCUCUGAUGAAGAGUCUUCUGAUGAGGAAAAUGAUGUCCAACAAAAUGUACCCGAUGAUGCCUCCGAUGUUUCAGAUGACAACAAUAACAGUGAAAUGGUUCUUUCGGCGGACCAGGGCGAGAAAGAUGCGACAGGCGAUCCCGUCAAUGCAAUUGUUCUGCAUGAAGAUAAGGAGCAUUAUCUUUCUGCUGAACAGACCUAUGGUGAAGGGGUCCGCACUGCUGUAUUGGACGAAGAUGCUAUGGAUCUUGAUACUCCAAUUGUAGAGCCUGUAGUCACCAAGUCGCACCACGUUGACCUCGGAAAUUCACCUCAUAUUGAAUAUAUAUACAGUGACGAGUAUCUAACAACUGUUCUGUCCAAUGAAACUACGCGGAAUAGAAGGGGUAUUGCAAUUGUGGGUCAUUUUCAUCACGGGAAAACGUCAUUGGUGGACUUCUUGAUGGAGCCAACGCUUCAAAAACCUUGGGGUCCCCGAGCGUCUCUGGAAGACCAGGUUCCUCGCUUCACAGAUAUGCUCAAAUCAGAACAAGAACGCCAGAUGUCACUUGUUAGCACUCCUUUGACACUAUUGUUGUCGGACACACGAGGAAAGACACAUGGAGUUACACUCGUCGAUUGUCCGGGUCAUACGCAGUUCCAUGAUGAAUCAGUUGCUGCGUUGCGUUCUGUUGACGGGGCUGUUGUUGUUGUCGAUGCUGUUGAAGGAGUGAUGAUGCACACCGAACUCCUUUUGAAGCAAAUCGUGAAUGAAGGCCUACCCAUAACACUUUGUAUCUCGAAAGUGGAUCGCCUCAUUACAGAGCUGAAGCUCCCUCCUAGGGAUGCCUAUUUCAAAUUGCUGCACGUGGUAGAAGCUGCAAAUAAAACUCUAGAGCUGGCAUCUCGUGGACGGUAUAAAGGACUUCUUGAUCCAUCCAAGGGAAAUGUAUGCUUUGCCUCUGGUUUGCACGGUUGGCUGUUCACACUGUCGAGCUACGCACACCUCUAUGCGGACCAUAACGACAACACGCUUGGAAGUUUUUCAGUGGAACAGUUCUCUGAGCGAUUAUGGGGCGACUGGUACUGGGAUGAAAGUAGAAAAGAGUUCCAUGAUUCGCCGAAACACUGUUCGUCGCCUCGGACAGAGAGGAGUUUUGUAACUUUGUGUUUGGAGCCACUAUACAAGAUUUACACGGCAUGUUUGGGGGAACGAGAAGAUGAUGUUAAUCAGUUACUUCGGAGCUUGGGCGUUCUGCUAAAAAGGAAUCAGCUUCGCUCAAGCGCCCGACCAUUAUUGCGGGCAGCACUAUCGAAGUUUUUUGAAGUUGCGAGCUGCGGGUUUAUCGAUAUGAUUGUGAAGCACACGUCGUGUCCAGCUGUUGCAGCAAAAGGCAAAGUUGCGCGAUGUUACUCAGGGCCUAUGGACUCUCAGGUAGCAAAAGAUAUGAUCCAGUGCAACCAUAAUGGUCGUUUGGUCAUUCAUAUAUGUAAGUUAUAUAGUGCUCCAGACGGUAGUUCCUUUGGAGCAUUCGGAAGAAUAUAUUCUGGCACAGUCAAACCGGGCCAGAAGGUAAAGGUCCUCGGCGAGGGUUAUGAGCCUGACGAAGACGAUGAAGAUAUGGCUAUUGCAUCGAUUGAGGCCGUAUCCAUUCCUCGUGGGAGAAGUCUGACGAAUGUGACUUUGGCAACGUCAGGGAAUUGGGUCUUGUUGCAAGGCGUCGAUGCUACAAUCGCAAAAACUGCAACAAUUGUAGGCAUUUCAGAGGAAGCCACUUCUACAGCAGAGGACAAAGUCCAUAUAUUCACACCGUUAAAGUUUCCGUUCGCUGGUGGGGAAUCAACGAUGAAAAUCGCACUCGAGCCAUUGAACCCGGCAGAGUUACCGAAAAUGGUGGAAGGUCUGCGACGAGUCGGCAAAGCGUAUCCCAUGGUCAGAACUCGCGUGGAAGAGUCUGGAGAACAUGUCUUAUUUGGUACUGGGGAAUUGUACAUGGACUGUGUACUGCACGACCUUCGUCAUGUGUACACGGAUAUCGAAGUCAAAGUUGCAGAUCCAGUAGUCGCAUUUCGAGAGACAAUCAUCGAAACGAGCAGUUUGAAAUGUUUCGCAGAGACAGCAAACAAACGAAACAAGCUCACACUCAUCGCCGAGCCACUUGAUGAUGGUAUGGCGGAACGAUUGGAAGCUGGUAAAGUGAAAAUAGAUUGGGAAAAAAGAAAGCUAAGCCGCUUCUUCCAGAACCAAUAUGGGUGGGAUUUGUUGUCAUCUCGUUCAGUGUGGGCGUUUGGUGACUCGCCAACCCGUGGGACAAAUCUCCUUAUGGAUGACACGCUACCCAGUGAAGUCGAUAAGCAACUGCUUAAUUCCUGCAGAUCUAGUAUUGUGCAAGGGUUUCAAUGGGCAACUAGGGAAGGACCACUAUGCGAGGAACCUGUUCGUGGUUCAAAAAUCAAGAUUCUUGACGCGGUCUUAGCGGAGAAAUCGAUACACCGUGGUGGUGGUCAAGUGAUCCCCACAGCUCGCAGAGCUGUUCAUUCUUCUAUUCUUACAGCUACGCCAAGAUUGAUGGAACCGGUAUACAGACUCCAAAUUCAGUGCCCGGGAGAAAUCGUGGACUCUGUUCAGAAUCUUUUGAAACGAAGACGUGGGCAUGUCGUACGAGACAGACCGAUUCCGGGUACCUUCCUCUACAACAUCAAAGGCUUUGUCCCCGUUUUGGAUAGUUUUGGGUUCGAAACAGAUCUUAGAACCUUCACACAAGGCCAAGCAAUGGUUCAUUCGAUCUUCGAUCACUGGGAUCUAGUUCCCGGCGAUCCGCUGGACAAGAAUAUCAUUUUGCAUCCCCUUGAGCCAAGCCCAUCCCAACAUUUGGCUCGCGAACUUCUGCUGAAGACGAGACGACGUAAGGGGUUGUCCGAAGAUGUAUCGAUCAACAAAUUUUUUGAUGAUGCAAUGAGAGCACAACUAGCCUCUGCAGAAGAAUCAGCUUCUGCACCUAUGCAAUUGCCGUCGCGAGCUGACGACUGA